AUGGCGACGACGGAAUCCGAUCCCGCGACCAGAAAGUGGUCCCUGAACGACUUCGAGAUCGGGAAGCCGCUCGGCAGAGGCAAGUUCGGGCGGGUCUACGUGGCCCGAGAAGCCAAGAGCAAGUACGUGGUGGCGCUGAAGGUGAUCUUCAAGAAGCAGAUAGAGAAGUACAGGAUCCACCACCAGCUGAGGAGAGAGAUGGAGAUCCAGACUAGUCUACGGCACCCAAACAUUCUCCGCCUGUUCGGCUGGUUUCACGAUGAAGAGCGCGUCGUGCUGAUUCUCGAGUACGCGCACGGCGGCGAGCUGUAUGGGCUGCUCAGGGAGAGUACUUAUCUCUCUGAGAAGCAGGCCGCCACGUACAUACUGAGCUUGGCGCAGGCGUUGGCAUAUUGUCACGAGAAGCAUGUGAUACAUAGGGAUAUCAAGCCUGAAAAUUUGUUGCUUGAUCAUGAGGGUCGACUGAAAAUUGCAGACUUCGGAUGGUCUGUACAAUCAAGCAACAAGAGAAAAACAAUGUGUGGAACGUUAGAUUAUUUAGCACCAGAAAUGGUGGAGAAUAGAGCUCAUGAUUAUGCAGUGGAUAACUGGACUUUGGGAGUUCUCUGCUAUGAGUUUCUUUAUGGAACUCCUCCAUUCGAGGCUGAAAGUCAAAGAGAUACUUUCAGGAGGAUUACAAACAUUGACCUGUGCUUUCCUUCUUACCCUCAAGUUUCUGCUGAAGCUAAACAUCUCAUUAGCCAGCUUCUAGUGAAGGACUCCUCUAAGAGGCUAUCUCUUCAGAAGAUCAUGGAACACCCUUGGAUAAUGAAGAAUGCAGAUCCUUCUGGAAUCUGCAAUAAUUAGCUUUUCUACCUAUGAUCUUGCUCUACCGUAGCUGUUAUUUCAGAUCGGAGGUAGAAGUAACUUUGCACCAAGUAUACAGCCUUGUGUUAAUCUGCUAUCAUGUACAUGCU